CGCAACCAGGAUAAAUCAUGAUAAAAUCUAAAAUCAUUCUUCGCCUGAUUUAACUAAAGUCUUCAAUAGGCGAAAUGGUGGCCGCCCAUUUGAAGACUGUGGUUCAGACAGUCGAAAGCUUGUGUGUGCUGUAUCAUUUCAGCCGGAGAACGUUUUUAGACUUUUUCAAAAUGUAUAUCCACUCCUUAAACCUUGCUACUGUCAUGCAGACUAAUUCUUCUUCCAAGAAAGCAAUGCGACUUAUAAAUUAUACAAUGAAGCUGCUAGUGAGAACAAACCCUGGCGAUGCGCCAAACGUAUGAAUUGUUCUGUCGCAUGUUGCCAUGUCCGUAUCAAUAAUGUAUAUUUAUGGCCAUUUCUUGUAAUUCGUUUUACCCCUUAUAGAUCACGCUGCUGAUUUUCCAAUUCGUGCUGCUGCCGAACGUCCUAGCAGCCUUCUGUACCAUUUACCAGACAAGUCAGAAAUCUCGAGGACAUGGAUUGUGGCGCGCAUGAAGCUCCAUCUUAUCUGUCUUAUAUUUCUAUGAUCGCAUCACUGGUUCUGUCGGCCGUUACUAUUUCGGGCAACUCACUCGUAUUGUUGGCAGUAUACAAAGACCCCCACAAAGAACUCCGAAAACCAUUCACAAUUUUUGUGGCGAACUUGGCGCUGGCAGACUUUACCGCCGGCUUCGUAACGGAACCAAUGGCAUCUUAUUAUACGAUCCAGGAAGCGCGAGGGGGUGUUGUUAAGGAUUUUGCCGUUUACCUAACACAUCUGAGUUAUUUUAUGUCGUGUACGACUUCGGUAUUUAUCCUCGGUGUAUUAACUAUUGAUAGAUAUCUGGCGAUAUCUCAUUCAUUGUGGUAUAAAGCCCAUGUCAGCCUGGAAUCAGCCACAAAAGUAUGUAUCUUUGUAUGGGUUGUGUCUAUAACACUUUCACUGGUUUAUAUCAAGACCGGCUUUAUCAAUUUUGCGUUCGUUUUCGCAAAUACUGCUGUCUUGACUACAUCUUGCGUUCUUGUGUUUUCCUACUGCAGCAUCUUUAAAACUCUCCGAAGCAGGACAGUCCGGGUUGGAAUCUUACAUGAAGGGGUGAAUCAGCGUUCUGAGAGACAUUUAAAAAUACUAAUGCUAGAGAACAAACUGAUGAAGCUAUAUAUGAUGAUGCUUGGAAUAUUUUUGUUUUGUUUUGUACCUUCGUGCGCGUUCAUUUACGUGCUGUAUUUCUGUUCGGUGUGCGAUUGUAUUACUGUUCAUUGGCUUCGAGACAUGAGCUUCUUACUUGUCUUAAGCAGUAGUUCCCUGAAUCCAGUUUUGUACAGUUUAAGAAUGAAGGCAUUCCGUAAAGCAUUCAAAAGCAUGGUAAAUAUUAAGAGGAAACGUGUAAAAGUAGACAUACACCUAGAUCAACCUGGAAUUUCUGCAGAAAAUCCUGAUAAGGCUGAAGACGUCUCUAUUACUAUGAUGGUUUGUCGACGAACAAGUGGAGACAAUUAGCGUCAGAUUCAUAGCAGUGAUUUUUUCCUAUAAUAAAAGGUGUCAAGCAUUGGAGCUUGUCAUCUGCAACGGAACAAAAUGAACUUGAGAGAUACCCACAAAUAAAUAAAAUAAAUAAAUAUCUUAAUUAACACUCCCUAACGGGGUCAGUUUCGGGAUCAAUGGAAACAUGCUCAUAACCAAGCGUUCAUUUAUUUUUUCCCUGUCGAU